AGAAGAUUAUUGUGCACACUUAAAUUGUCCAAAUGACAGAGUCCAGCUCCUUGUCCACGCACACUAACUUUGCUGUAUUGGCAAAUGAGACACAGAAAUUGAAUGGGACUUACAGAAACAGUGAUGUCUUCACAAUAUUGAUCUAUGUUGCUAGUCCUAUCAACCUUUUGGGACUAAUUGCCAAUGGCAUUGUGUUCAGGUUUCUCUGCUGUGGGAUCAAAAGGACUAAGUAUACCGUGUAUGUACUGAAUCUGGCCAUUGCUGACUUCAUUGUACUCUUUGUUCACAUGACAGCUUUUGCUGCCAGUGUAAUGAUGAGUGGAACAUUAGAUUUUACUGAAUACCUGUAUACCACAUUUGACAUCCUGAGCUUUUUUGGAUAUGACACCAGUCUUUUUUUAUUGACAGCCAUUAGCGUUGAGAGGCAUCUUGGUGUCUUUUACCCAUUAUGGUACCAAUAUAAACGGCCAAAAGAUCUCUCACCCAUAUUAUGUGCUCUUCUGUGGGUUCUCUCCUGCUUGAUGACAGGAGUGGAAUAUUUCAGCUGCUGGUCAGAAUAUAUCUCACACAAAGAACAAUACUCUCCAGCAUGUAAUACUACAACUAUGUUCCUUAGCACCAUUUUCCUCAUUUUUACUCCAGUCAUGGUCAUUUGCAGUUUGAGCCUGUUUGUCAAAAUACAGUUAUGCCAGCGACAUUCACAGCCAAAGUCACCAGCACGGCUUUGCCUGACCAUUGCUGUAACAGUUGCUCUGUUUCUCAUUUUUGUGGUGCCACUCAGGUUGCAUUGUCUGAUACUGUACUGGUAUCCAAAAAUGACAUUUGAUGGAUUUCUCUUUGAUAUUUUUUGUUUCCUUAAUUUAAUCAGCUGCAGUCUCAAUCCUUUUGCUUAUUUCCUUGUUGGAAGACAAAAAAGGAGUGUCCGAGAGCCUCUCCAUGUGGUGUUACAGAGAUCCUGGAAAGAGGAGACAAAAUAA